CUUGUCGUAAAAGGUUUGUAGUAGAUUUUUUUAAGUUUUAAGUUGAUUGGAGUUAAUUUGUAAAGUAGUGUGGAUUAAUUUGGUUUGAAUCAAUGAGUGAUGUUUUGAAGGAUAAAGAAAAGACACUUUGACAGAGCACGUGAGGUGACGGCAUCGACAGCAUGCGAUUCAAAACUUACACAACAAGGCAAGCGGGAAGCCCAGUAUUAAACCUGAACCUCGUAAACUGCUGAAUCUUCCUGAAGCACCUAUAAUCUUCAUAUAAAAGACAUAUUGAACUAUUUUAGUCACUCCUGAACUCGUGUUUAGAUUCAAGGUAUUCAGAUUAGAUUAUGGAAGAAUUAAGUGAAGCACCAGCCAAGAAAAGGAAAAUUGAAGAUUCUGCUAGUGAAAAAGCAGAGAGUAACCUCGUAAGUGAAAUCCAAAAAAAUUCCAACAGCACUUUGAAGCAAAAACCCUUUCAAAUAAAAACUGCUUCUCUUGCACGACUACGGCAAGCAGCAAAAAACUUAUCUCCUUCAAAAAGCACUCAAAAUAAAGAUAAUGCAACUGCUGUAAUUACAGCUGAUAAAAAUCAAAAGGAUGGACAGACUACUGAAGAUGGCGAGAGGAAAGACAUUGGUCCUACUAACGGAGUUGGCAGCGAUGUGAUUAUUUCGUCUACUGGGUCAUCUCCAGCUCGUUCUCCAAAACCAGAAGACCUAACUGUCCUUUCUACGCCUCCAAAACAAUCUAACACAUCGUGCAGAAGACCAGAUUUUGCAAAGAAUCUCGAUGAACGGCUUGAAAGUCAUGACACGCCUGAUAAACAGGAGAACGACCUUGCGCAAACUGAGAAAGACGAUAAUAAAGUCGAGGAGAAUGCUUCUCAGAAUAAAAAGAACGACAAAAAAUCAGAAAUAAUGGACGUUGAUAAGAAGGAUGUGAGAGAAGUUGAAGUUGGAGAAGAAACAAGAACAGCAAAUAAUGCAUCUGAAGAGAAAACUAAGAUAGAUUUUAAUGCAACAGAACUUCAAAAGGUGCUGCGAGCAAUGAUAGACGAAAAAUUUAAACAAGUGGAAGAGUUUUAUCAAGCUCAGGAGCCCGAAAACGAGUUGUACUCGAGGAUUGCACGGCUUGAGGAAGAAAACAAGAGUCUUAAGGAAUAUGCAGCGAAGUUAGAAAAAGCCGUGAAAUUGCUUCUAAAUAAUCAACAGAUCAAGAAAGAGAAAAUGACAAGUCAGUGGGUGCAGACAGAUCAAAUGGCUCUACCUCCUCGCCCCAACUCCGCGCCAAACAAAACCAUCACUCGGUCUCCACCUACAGCAAUUCGAUCUCAAUCGCAACUCAACCAGGUAAAUAAGCCAGGUAACCCAGCAGCUAUGACGUCAAGGCUCACUUCGACGCAAGCACCCAUACCUGGUCAUUCCAUGCGUCCUGAUUUCCAUCCUCAACAGCGUAUGUUGCAACAACAGCAGCAGGUCCGUCCUCCUAACUCCUCUGGACAAGUGCCUAGAGCUCAAGCGUUUUCUAGCACACAGCUUCAGGGUCAAAGACCACCACACACUCAAUAUGUACAAAAUCCCAAGCCCCUUGUGCUACAAGGAUCAGUUGGUGCUCCUAGAAGACCUACUCCGGUCACAGUAACGGUUCAUCCACAAACCACCACUCAAACUAGCAAAACCAACACGAUUCUGUCUCCGGCGUACCCCAAUUAUCCACAAAAACCCACUUAUCCACCCAAUGCAAGACCUCAGCAGCCCGUGCAACAGAUACCCAAGUUUGUCCCCAGCCCUGGGAACCGACCACCGGUUUCUGCUCCAGCGGUGAUGCAGCAAGGCCCAACAACGCAAAUUCUUCCUGGUGUAGUUUCUCGACCACCACCUCCACAACGAGGGCUACCACCUCCACAACAAGGGCUACCACGGCUACCACCUCCACAACAAGGGCUACCACCUCCACAACAAGGGCUACCACCUCCACAACAAGGGCUACCACCUCCACAGCAAGGGCUACCACCUCCACAACAAGGGCUACCACCUCAAAGGUCGCCACAAGGGAUUCAGCAAUACUCCAAUGUUGUGGGUCUACGAUCACCACCAAACUCAAGACCCGGGAAUACGACAUCGAUGCACCCGAUGCAAGCACAGGUUGCAAACAACUCUUUAGUGACGGCACCGGGAUCUGUACAGAGGGUAGUUUCACCUUCAACGAACAGACAACCUACCCCCCAGGGCAUGACCAUUGUGUCUCCACGAGAGCAGGGAUUGGCACAGAACGCUCAAACUGGAACCAAUAGCCUUCCAGUUGACUUGCCACCUCGCCCUAUCGUAUCCAUAGCGGUAGUUUCCAACGGGAUUGUUUUAUCGUGGAACAUGCAGAACGCCCAAAGCUCUCCCAGGAUCGUCCGCUAUCAACUGUUCGCACUUCAAGACAUGGGGACCACCAACCCUCCUUCCCAGUGGAAAAAAAUUGGCGUUGUCAAUGCGUUACCGUUACCAAUGGCGUGUACCUUAACCCAGUUUAUGCCCGGAAACAAGUAUCAUUUUACGGUGAGAGCUCAAGACGAACAUGGACGUUGUGGGCCUUUAAGUGAACCUUGUACCAUAACAUUAACUUAGGUAGUUUUUAACUCAUAUUUUUAACUCUGUAAUGUGUUUGUGUGCAAUUCUGUAUAUUUAUAUGUUACAUUUAAGAUAUAGGAACCAUGCCCCAGAAUGCAACACUAGUGUCCUCUGCAUUCUUUUACACAAAAAUUUAUUGCGAUAAUCAGAGAAACUAAAGGUGGUAAAUCAAAAUCCAUUUUGACAUCAUAUCGCAAAGUUUCCUGCAACGAAAAUGGCGGUAAUAUCAUCCUGACCAGCCGUACACCGAAAUAAUUCAAUAAACCACUUGCAGCACUUUGGAAUGCAGCUCAAUUUGGAGGGCAAAACAAUAGGUUUCCAAUUCUCAGAAGAUGGAAAUUCUUUUGUUUUGUCCUCCAAAUUGAGCUCCUUCGACGUCACAUGCAAGAGGAAGGGGUGUAUUCAUUUCGAGGGGCAUCAAAACAAUAGCGUCUUCGAAGCCAAGGAAAGUUUGGUAAAGAUCUUUGUAUUUCUCGAGCAUUUUGGGCUGUUGACAGAGAUUACGCAUAUUCCCCAGUGCGGAUUGAUCCCCUAAUUCACGUGGUAACCAAAAUGUUCGGACAUCGUUUUGGAAUCAGUAUAUUCAUACGAAAAUGUCCGAACUUCUUGGUGACUGUAACACAGUUCAAUACUAUUUACGUUGGCUACCGCUAAAAAGGUGAAUUCCCAUUUACGUCUUUGCCAAGGUUUCUUUGACCUUCAGAAGGGUGAAAGUCCACAAAUUUAAGAAGUGUUUGUACGAUGGAAAUCGUUACGCUGAGCAAUAGCCCCAUCACAACCAGAUAGAACGUUAUAUGUGGUAAAAAAAGGCUUAUCCAUAACUAUUAAUUUCAAGUAUUCAAUUGU